GGGGAUGACAUGUUAAUUUCCGUGCACUUUCUCCUUUUUAAAAUUCCUUGAAUUACUAUUUGCUUUCCACAUGACCUUGUGCUUAGUUCAUGCUAUUUGUGAAGAGCAGAGCAGAGAGUAUACGGCGAGGCAAAGAAACUAUUAGUAGACGGACCAUCACUUGCUGGAGAGAUAUUUAUAAUACUCUAUUCAAAGAAAGGAUCCCUCCAAUUCCUUUGAAUCUCAAGCAUCUGUUAAUACUAAUCAGCCCGAGCAAACAGAGACCAUCAUUUGCAUGGAUUGUGCUUACUACAAUGCUGCAGCAGAAGGCAGAAUCGAGGUCUUCAAAAAUGUCAUCGAUCAUGAGUCUCUUGGCCUCCUACUAACCCCAAAUAAAAAUACAAUCCUCCAUAUUUACAUCACAUCCCUCAAUUCCGAAUCCAAUUCAACAACCCCCAAUGCAGGAUCGGAAUCAACAACAACCCUUAAUGCAGGAACGGAAUCAACAACCCUUAUUGGACGAUUAGGAUCAACAACUAACUUUGUGAAAAAAAUUCUCAAAAUCUGUCCCUCAUUAUUACGGCAAGCCAAUGCCAAAAGUGAAACUCCAAUAUUGCACAUUGUGGCAGGAUCAGAAUCAACAACAACCCUCAAUGCAGGAGCAGAAUCAACAACUCCCAAUGUAGGAUCAGAAUCAACAACCAACUUUGUGGAAGAAAUUCUUAAAAUGUGUCCCUCACUGUUACGGCAAGCGAAUGCCAGAUGUGAAACUCCAUUGCACAUUGCGGCAAGGUACGGGCAUGAUGGCAUAGUGGAAGUUCUAAUCGAAUAUUGUGCCCAAACUCGCGCCCAAACUCGCCAUGAUCAAGACCUUGAAGAGGGGAUUGAACCAGUAAAGGAACUACUGAGGAUGACGAACAAAGAGAAAGACACGGCUUUGCAUGAGGCUGUACGUUAUAAUCACCUUGAGGUGGUAAAAUUGUUGAUUAGUAAAGACCCAGAUUUUUCAUAUUCUGCUAAUGAUGCUGGUGAGACUCCACUUUACAUAGCUGCCGAGAGAGGGUUUAAAGAUGUAUUGUUCGAAAUUUUAGACAACUGCGAAUCACCAAUGCAUGAGGGUCCCCUUGGUAGAACGGCUUUGCAUGCUGCUAUAAUACAUUCUUUACAGCAUGAUGAUAAAGGUAUGGUCAGAAGAAUUCUGGAAAAAAUUGAUGGUAUAAGUAGAAAAAAGGACAAUAACGGUUGGACUCCACUUCACUUGGCUGCAUACUUCGGCUUUCCAAGCAUGGUUGAGCAGUUGUUGGAUAAAGAUAGAGAAGUAGCAUACAUGAAAGACACAAAGAGUAUGACACCUCUUCAUAUUGCAGCUCAACAUGGUAAUUAUUUGGCAAUGAAGGUGAUUGUAGAAAGGUGUCCAGAUUGUUGCGAACUGGUUGAUAACAGAGGUUGGAAUGUACUCCAUUUUGCUAUCAAAGGAAGGAGGAGUUAUAAGCUAAACACUAUCGUGGAUAUUAUAAUAGAAAAUUGGUCUUUCAGUAACCUUUUGAAUGAGAAGAAUGCCGAUGGGGAUACACCUCUUCAUUUCUAUGCCACUACUUCUUCGGAAUCAUUAUUAAAGUUAAAGAAGUUCGUUAGUCACCCUCGACUCGACGAGAUGGCCUUCAACAAACAACACCUCAACGCGUGGGAUAUCUCUGCCGCAACUGAAAAACGUUCAUGGACAGAGAGGUCUAUAAUUCAGCGUGAAUUGCAUGGACUACCUCAACGAGUAAUAACUUUUGAGGAUGAGGACAAGGGUGGAGACAAGAUAGAUGAAGAUUCGAUAUCUUUGUUGCGGAACGCAUCCGAAGCCCAUUUGGUAGUAGCUACACUGAUUACAACCGUGACAUUUGCAGCAUGUAUUACCAUGCCUGGGGGUUUCGCGGGUAGUGGAGAAGGUUCACACCCAGGCUCUGCACUUCUAAAAAAAAAUACUGCUUUCAAAGCAUUCGUUAUCAUAGAUACUUUAUCCAUGGUGUUGUCAAGUUCUGCCGUCUUUAUUCACCUAGUGACGCCAUUUUUUUUUGGCAAAAAUUCCAAUAAAAAACAUGGCCUGUAUCUUGUCGUGCUGGCCUACCAACUCAUUUUGGGGGCCAUGAUAACAAUGGUACUAGCAUUUGUCACAGGCACAUAUGCUGUGUUAAUGCAUUCCUUGGAUCUUGCCAUUGCCAACUGUAUCAUUGGCCUAACUUUCUUCGUUAUCCUCUUCCUUGUGUUUAAAAAAUUGACAAAGGAUGCGAUGAAGCGAUAACUAACAUGUAAAAGAAGAGAUCAAGGAUGUUUCAUUCAGAUGCGAUAUCUGAUCGACAAUCAUAUUAAGUGAGAAGUGUAGUCUGAAUGAGUUUUCUUGUUACUUAAUUUGGCAUGUUACGAAUUGAUGAUCCAUGUAUAAUACCUUACAUUC